AUCAACAACUUUCCGUCGCACAUCGUCACUGUGUUCGCAGGUCUUUCCCAUGCACUGAUCCUGGAGCCACCGAAAGAAUUUGCCGAACAAACCUUCAACAAUGUCAAGCAGUGUGGGAAAUACGUGGACAACCCCAAACUCAGGAACCUGCUGGUGAUUGGUGGCGUGCCUGCCAAAGACCAGCUGGCUGCUCUGGAACAGGGGAUUGACAUUGUGGUGGGAACACCAGGAAGACUGGACGACCUCAUAUCUACUGGGAAGCUCAGUCUGUCCCAAGUCCGCUUCCUAGUCCUGGAUGAGUGUGACGGCCUACUGUCCGCAGGCUACACAGACUUUAUCAACAGGAUCCAUAACCAAAUCCCUCAGGUCACUUCUGACGGCAAAAGACUGCAGGUGAUCGUGUGUUCAGCCACGCUGCACUCGUUUGACGUGAAGAAGCUGUCUGAGCGUAUCAUGCACUUUCCCACCUGGGUGGAUCUGAAGGGGGAGGACUCUGUCCCCGAGAGUGUCCACCACGUGGUAGUGCCUGUAAAUCCGAAGAACGAUCGCCUCUGGGAACGCCUCGGCAAGAACCACAUCCGGACCGAUGAAGUCCAUGCCAAAGAUAACACCAGACCAGGAGCCAAUUCUGCAGAAAUGUGGUCGGAAGCCAUCAAGAUGCUGAAGGGCGAGUACACGGUGAGGGCCAUCAAAGAGCACAAGAUGGACCAGGCCAUCAUCUUCUGCCGCACCAAGAUCGACUGUGACAACAUGGAGCAGUACUUCAUUCAGCAAGGAGGAGGUCCAGACAGUAAAAGCCACCAGCUCUCCUGUGUCUGUCUGCAUGGGGAUCGUAAGCCGAACGAGAGGAAAACUAACUUGGAGCGCUUCAAGAAAAAAGAAGUGAGGCUGUUGGUCUGCACAGACGUAGCUGCCAGAGGAAUCGACGUCCACGGAGUUCCUUAUGUGAUUAACGUCACCCUGCCAGACGAGAAGCAGAACUACGUCCAUCGUAUUGGAAGAGUUGGAAGAGCCGAGAGGAUGGGACUGGCCAUCUCCUUGGUUGCAAUGGAGAAGGAGAAGGUGUGGUACCAUGUUUGCGCGAACCGAGGCAGAGGCUGCUACAACACCCGGCUGAAGGAGGAUGGAGGUUGCACCAUCUGGUACAACGAGAAAGAGCUCCUGUCAGAUGUUGAGGAGCAUCUAAAGUGCACCAUCACCCAGUGUGAGCCAGACAUCAAAGUACCCGUCGAUGAUUUCGAUGGAAAGGUCACCUAUGGUCAGCGCAAGGCUUUGGGAGGUGGUAACUACAAGGGCCACGUGGAGGCUCUGGCCCCGACGGUCCAGGAGCUGACGACCCUCGAGAGAGAAGCCCAGUCUUCCUUCCUCCACCUGGGUUACAUGCCGAACCAGCUUUUCAGAGCCUUCUGA